CGUGGUCAUUGAUUCUCACGGUCACAUAAGCGCACACCAUUUUGUUGAAUCACUGGGAAUCCGAAUGUCUCCGUCAUGGAAUAAGAAAUGUGUUUCGAGUCAACGUCAGUGUACUACGUGCUAACUUGAAGUCAGAAACAAUAGGAAGGAUUGUGUGGUUAGGUUCAUGGAAUCCCUGACGAGAUGAUGUGAAUCUAUGAUUUAACAGAGGACUUCUGGCCACAGUUUGGGAUUGCUGAUGACCGUCUUGUCUACGCUGAGUGGAAGCUUGUCGUCGUUUGGCCCUCACCGCACUAGAUGGCACUCUUUCUGUCGUGUUGCACCCUGUUCCAGAUUUGUUUGAUUAAAAUGGAUGCUUUUAACGUAACUCACUAGUACCUUCUAAGCUUUGUAAAAAUGCCCAGGUAAUAUUUUGUGGUGUGCUGCAAAAACUCACUCUGUAUCGAGGAUAAUUUCACCAUAUGGGGUGCAAGGUCUCACAGAACGUCUUGAAGCAUUUGUUGUCCUUUUGGGAUUCCUGGACGUCUGUGGACAAGUAACGAUCUCAUGCUUUGAGGGGUAUCAUCCUCCGGUAGUCUUCUAAUAAAACCUGGGCAUUAGAUAGCCAAACCACCGACUGUGUCGAUGAUGAGUCUGCUCAUUAACUGCUUACCUCGGUCAAUCAGGUACCGUUGUACCCUCAAGUCCCUAGCCAUGAACAAAACUCUGAUCGUACUGAUGUGGGCCUUGGUAGCCUGUGCACUUGUAUCGACCAGCGUUCUCUGGAAGUCCAUGGACAGUAAGUAUGGUGUCGAACAAGAUGGUGGGGGAUACCGCUUAUCUGAUUGGCUGAACCGAUUGCGCAGAAGCAUUGACCUCGCUUAUGACCCCAACCAAAGAGUAUCAAUACGUAGUCAAGAUAUCAGGUAUGGCGAGACUGAUGAAAUUUGCGAAGAGAAUGAUUUUGCUGGAUCGGACGGCAAUGUGACCUUAUAUAUGAACUGGACCGAACUUUACCACGCUGAAGAGGAAAUCUUACGAACAUCCACAAGUUUUGUGAGAAAGCACCUCCAUACAGACAACGUCCUGGUGCGGUCCAUUUACGCUGACGCUGCACAUGGUGGCCGACGACCAGAAAGGAAACAGCCGCAUAGGACCGUUUCCGACGCACUCUCGGAGGGGAUAUUAAUUGAUGAUUAUUAUUAUGUAUCUGGAGGACACUGGAUACCAGCAAAGUGCCAUCCACGAUGGAAGGUGGCAAUUAUUGUUCCAUUUAGAGAUAGAUUUUAUCAACUGCCAAUUUUCCUGAGAAACAUCGUACCAUUUCUAAAACGACAGAAACUUGAGUUUGGAAUCUACGUUAUCGAGCAGGCCAAUGGGUUGGAUUUUAACCGUGCCAUGUUGAUGAAUGUUGGCUUCCAACAAGCCCUCAAUUUCAGUCGUUGGGAUUGCUUCAUCUUCCAUGACGUGGAUCACCUCCCUCUGAAUAACGCCAAUUAUUAUGGAUGUAGUCACAUGCCCAGACAUUUCAUCUCCGGCGCUGACAGAUGGAAUUACAAGCUUCAGUAUAGCUUUUUCUUUGGCGCAGUCACUGGCUUCACUCGCUCCCAGAUACAGAAGUUCAACGGGUUCCCCAACGCCUACUGGGGAUGGGGAGGCGAGGAUGACGACAUCUUGAUUCGGAUCCAAGCCCACGGGUUCUUCAAGACCCGACCCUGGGGAGUAACAGGAUUCUAUAACGUCAUCGCUGAACACCACAAGAGUGCUCCAAAGAACAAAAAGAGAGUUUGCCUUCUGGAUUACGCGCAUGAGAGACUAGAGAGCGACGGACUCUCUAAUUUGGUCUACCCGCCGGCACGGGUGACCCUAACCCCCCUCUACACCAACAUCUCAGUGAAUAUCACAAAACUCGCCUUGAAUCCCACCUGGACCGUGUGCACGCGGGAUUAUAAGAGAGCCAAGAAGGACGAGUUGGUAAACUGGAAGAUGAACUGAUGGGAACGAGCUGGAAGGACGCCACAUCCUCACGGCUGGCGCUAUCUGACGCCCUCUGCUAUGUCGUUCAGACCAACCAACAGGCCAAGUAUGUGUUUUCCCGGUAAAUUUCAUGGCAAAAAUCGUUCAGUUUAGCGCGAGCAAGUCUGGUCUGAGCCAAUUUGGUUCACCAGGCCGGUAUUAUCUCUGGUUUCCUUGGCAUGAAACGACUGAGAUCAUUUCUAUUCCUCCUGGAGGGGAUGCCAGUCCAUCACAGGUUGCUUCCCAGCUAACGCUGGUACCCAUUUAUACUCCUGGGUGGAGAGAAGCA